GAAGCAAAAGAGAUACAAAAUGGAAAUAUACAAAAAUACUUGAAACUUGUAUAUGUCAAUUAUUAUGCACUAAAAGAGAAAUUUUAUACACAAAGGUGAAUACAUCUUCAUUUCAUUUUUUCAGUUGAUUAUUUCUUAAUUAAUUGAUAGUUCUUCGUGACUGAUUGCUCAUUAAUUAUGUGAAUAAGUUGAAUUAAGAAAUCAGCAAUAUUGUAACCAGAUUGUAAAGAAUUGAAUGAAUCAUUGAACACAAUGGGUUGUUUUGAAAAAUGCCUCACCAGGGUACCAUAUGCUACACUCAUUGCAACAAUAAUGUGUGCGUUAGGAGUAGUUAUUUUUUGUGGUACUAUGUACCGAGGAGCAACUCUGGCAGUACUUAUGUUUAGUGAAGUUUUUAAUCUACAAUUAUUUUGGAUGGAUGCUGUAAAGAUGACAUUUGUUCUAAUAGGAGCAUGUAUGGGUGCUCUUGGAUUGAUGAUUUUGACCUUGGGUUUUCUGGCAACAGGUGCAACUAGACACAAAGUUUAUAGGGGAUGGGGUUGGCGAGUUAGUGGCAGACUAAGUUGUGCAAUUUUUAUGUGUGUAACUUAUACUCUACAAUUAGCUUGGCUGAUAAUGUUUUGCUUCUUGGUGAUUUCCACUUUUGUGUUCACAGUAUUUUGGAAAAUGUGUGAAAAUCCAAGAGUAGCAUCUUUCCAAGAUGACAUUGAUUUAACUCAAUUCUACUUCAUGUUUCCAGAAGGUACAAGACAAGAGCACAUGAAAGUGUCAGGAGAAAGUGCUGUGAAAGGGUUUUGUAAAGAUCAUGUAGAAAAAAUCGAAAUAAUGUUCAUUUUGGCGACAGUCGCUUCUUUACUUGUAAUAUUGAGUCUGAUUCAUUAUCUCAUGUGCCUUUCUGCAAACUAUGCUCAUAUCCGGGAUCAAGACAAAUUCUUACAAUUUCAAGAUCUCCAAAUGCUCAACGAUCACGAAUUGCUAGCAGGGAAAGAUAGAUUCUAGGAUAUAGCACAGAAAAUACACAUACCUGAUAUAAGUUGACAAGACAUAAUGGUAGCUAAUAAUUAAACAAAAACCGAAAAAGUAUUUUACAAAUUAUUGUAUAAACAAAUGAAAACAACUUAUAGUAUGUAGACAUUGAAAUUAAGUUUUUUAUACAAAAUAUCUUUUUUAUAAAUAAAUUUAAAAUAUUCUAAAAUACUACUUUUAAGUAAUGCAUUGUAACUUAGGACUACCUGUUGACCAUUAAUACCUCAUGUAGUAUCAUUAAUUCUGUUUUAUAUCAAUUAUCUGUGAGACGUUAUGUUGAAAUAUGGGCCCUGAGUAGUAUUAAAGUUGAUAAAAAAAAAAAUAAAUUCUGGAAAUGUUUAUAUAAUGUUGACUUGUUUGUUUUCAUAUUUUAGAUUUCGGAAUUACAUUUUAUUAGGCAUUCUAUAUUUAAAAGGGGUCACUAAUUCAGGAAAAAAAACUAGUAAAUUAUAAUAACCUAUAAAAAACUAGAACAUUUACGUUUCAGAUCUAAUUAAAAAUGUCUUUCGAUAAUAGUAAGACCAUGAUAACAACAAAAAAGCCCGCGCAGAAUAUAAGAGAGUGAUUCACCUUGAAUUGAUAAUGAUAAUGCAAAAUUCAUUUAUUUCUCGGAAAACACCAAAACAGAUUAAAGUAUUUCUCGGACUACUCGGAUAUUAUCGUCAAUUUAUCAAAAACUUUGCCAAAAUCACGAAAACCUCUAACGAAAUGUCUUAAAAAAGGUGCUAAAAUCGAAUACAGAACUUGUUUCGAAACUUGCAGAAAUCUACUCAUAAAUGAACCCAUUUUACAGUAUCCCGAUUUUUCGAAACUAUUGAACCUUACAACAGAUGCGUCAAAUGUAGCGUUAGGAGCAAUCCUAUCCCAAGGCCCGAUAGGUCAAGAUCUCCUCGUAGCGUAUGCAUAAAGAACACUAAACGAUUCAGAUCAAUCAUAUUCAACACUUGAGAAAGAACUUUUAACAAUAAUAUGGGCAACCAAAUACUAAAUGAUUCAUUCACAUUCGAAAAUUCAGUAUUUCUAACAAUCGUAGACAGUUCAAGCCUAUUAUUUAGAAGCCUUACCAGGAACAGAAGUUGCUAAUAAUCUUAUUAAAUUUUUCUGUCAUCACGGUAUACCCAAAAAAAAUUUGUGAUAACUGAACAGAAUUUAAAAAUACAUUUGUAACCGAACUUUUAAGUCUACAUAAAAUUAAAUUACAUUCUUCUUCACCAGACCACCCACAAUCAAACUGCAUUGUUGAACGUUUCCAUUCAACAAUAAUCGAACACUUGAGAUUAUUAAAUACACAAGGAUUCUCCGAUAUCUCAAUAAAAAAUAAAAUUCUAUUUGCUAUUUUGGACUAUAAUAAUUCUAUCCACUCUACAGUAAAAUUAAAACCUAUAGAUAUUGUCAAGAAAAAAUGAAGAUCCUAAAAUAUUCACACCAAACCAAAAUAUAUUUAUUAGAAAAAACAAAAGACUGAAAAACUCGUAAACAGUAAAUUCGUUAAGGCUAUAAACAAUAAACACGAAACGUAAAACCGUGACAACGGCAAUAUUAAGUAAAAUACAUAUGGACAUUAUCAAACACCCACUAAAUUCCUUCCACUCUUACUUCACAUUAUUAUUUCAGGUUACCGGGAAUUCUCGGGUUCCAAGAAAUUAUUACACCACGGAAUCUCCAAGGUAACCCCGGCCUUCUACCAGUUAAACUCGGCAGCGCAAAAUAAUUCAAUAUUAUCAUUCGAUUUUGUACAAUUAUGAUCUUAACUCUUUAAACAUCGAAUUUAAAAAUUAAAAUAGAUAAAAUAGAAAUAGAAGAAUCCCCCAAUAAUUUAAAUACAGUUAAUUCUACAGAAAAUCAGAUAGAAAAUAGAAAUAAAAGAUAGAAAAGGCAAACGUUACGAAAGACUUAUGUCCAAAGAAAUUACUUGACCAAUCCUAUAUAAUAUAUAUUACAAAAACAUUAAAAUUGAUUACUCAUAAAGAAUGAAUAAUGUAAGAUUAUCUAAAAAAAUAAAACGUAGAAUGAGUGGAAGAAAUAUCGACAAAAAGUAGAAAGGAUAGUCGCGGUGAGAAAGGAGAUAAAAAAUUAGAAACUAGAGAAGCAAAGCUAAAAAUAGGAAAUUAUAUCGAGUCAUGA